AUGCUUGACAACGCGACAUCAAUAGUUGCAAGGUCUGACACUCAAGAAGACAAUUCACAAUUACCAGAAGAAACUGAGGACACAGAAAAUGCAAAAAGCAAUACUGCUCUUGCUGAGACAGCAGGUCUAGAAACAGGGCAACCAGGAUACUUCAGUGGUUUCGCAAGGAUGUCCUGGUGCACUAUUGAGUCUGAUCCUGGUGUGUUCACCGAGCUGAUUCAGCAAAUGCAAGUGAAAGGUGUACAGGUGGAAGAGCUUUAUUCUCUUGAUGUGGACUCUCUUAGUCAACUGCGGCCAGUAUAUGGGCUAAUUUUUCUCUUCAAGUGGAUAUCUGGGGAGAAGGAUGAACGGCCUGUUGUCAGAGAUCCUAAUCCAAACCUUUUCUUUGCACACCAAGUCAUCACUAACGCAUGUGCUACUCAAGCUAUUCUCUCAGUUCUCAUGAAUCGCCCUGAAAUUGACAUCGGUCCAGAAUUAUCACAAUUGAAGGAAUUCACAGGAGCUUUCUCACCUGAUCUGAAGGGCUUAGCUAUCAGCAACAGCGAAUCUAUCCGGACAUCUCAUAACAGCUUUGCAAGGCCAGAGCCAUUUAUUUCUGAUGAGCAGAGAGCCGUGACUAAGGAUGAUGAUGUUUACCAUUUCAUAAGCUAUUUACCUUUUGAAGGUGUCCUGUAUGAGCUGGAUGGGCUGAAGGAAGGGCCUGUAAAUCUUGGGCAGUGCGGUGGUGCUGAUGACCUUGAUUGGCUACGGAUGGUUCAGCCCGUUAUUCAAGAAAGGAUCGAGCGCUACUCACAGAGUGAGAUCAGGUUCAAUCUUAUGGCCAUCAUAAAGAACAGGAAAGAGGUGUACAAUGCUGAGCUGGAGGAACUGGAGAAGAGAAGGGAGCAGAUUUUGCAGGAGAUGAACAAGACUUCCGCCACAGAAUCCUUGAACAACUCGCUUACAGAGGUGAUAUCGGCAAUCGAAACUGUCACAGAGAAGAUGAUCAUGGAAGAAGAGAAGUUCAAGAAGUGGAAGACGGAGAACAUUCGGAGGAAGCAUAACUACAUCCCUUUCCUCUUCAACUUGCUGAAGAUGCUUGCAGAGAAGCAGCAACUAAAACCUCUGGUCGAGAAAGCCAAACAGCAAAAGUCGUCAAGCCCUAGCACAAGAUGA